CUUCUUCUGAUCAGCACUCUGUGCAAUAGCGUCCAGAGAUUCUACACAAAGCAAACACAAAGCAAACACAAUGCGUGUUUGUACGAGUUCUCUUAUUAAUUAAAUAUUUAGUUUUAUACAGUAAGGUAGCUGCACCUCCUUUAGUGUGAACUGUGAUGUUAUCCGCCAUUUUCACUAGCAUGGAGGCCCACGACUUGCUUGCUACAGCUUUGAUCUGCCUCUUUUUGCUUGCAAUAAUGCGUAUCCUACUGAUGAUCUUGGAUACCUUUCUAAUGUAUAUUUUCUGGGCAUUGGCAAUCGUCGUAGUGUUCUAUGUCUGCUUUGGCGACAGACAAGUUCUAUUUUCGGCCGUAAACAACAACCUCUUCACUGCACUCGAUGCUUUGUCGAAUGAAUGCUACCGAAUGUUGCGGAAUAAAAACUGGCAGUCGUACUGUCACUAUAUACCUACCUCGCUCUGGGACUCAGAUUGAGAUGGUAGGUUGCUUAAGCGCCAUUUCUUCUGGCGCAGAAUAGAUGUAUUUAGCAUCUAUGAGUACAGCCAGUGAUUGUUGCUUUCUAGUAUCGUGUGCAACCAUGUGUUGCAAAUAUUUGUCUGCGAAGCUUUCAUUGGUCACGUAUCUCUCAGAUGUGUGCAAACCGUAAAAGAAUGCCGCAUGAAUUGUGUCGGUACUAUCGCACGCAGCCCCCUCACGUAUUUAUGGACAUGAAUAUUAAAUAAACGCGGGUACGGAAGUCUCAGAU